AUGGAUAGCCAAGCGAUACAAGUUAACUCUGCCCGAGAAUUAAAGAGUUUGGAGCAAACCCAAUUCAACCUUUUCUUGAAUGCCAAUCUAACUUUAAAGAAAGAAGUCGAGGAAUAUUUGAAAAAACAAGAGAAAAUUUUAGUCAAUGGCGAGGAGGGAAUUCGCGACGAGGUGAUUCAAAAGCUGCUGGCUAUGUUUAUGGAAUUUACCAAGAAUAUUAUCUUUAAUCAAGAGCGGGUGAAAAAGGUCGAAAACCAAGGAAAGAUUACUGCCCGAGAUUUAGACGACCAAUUACACCAAGCUAAUUUGUUUAACUGA